AUGGAUCCCCCGCCGCCGCAAGCGGCCCCUCCCGCGAACACCUCAGCGUCCCCUUCUCCCGCCAACACGUCCACACCACCGGUAUCCGGAUCUCAGCUCCCAACUCCCACUCCGACCUCUCACCCCUUCGCCGCCCCAAGCAUGUCGGAUCCAACAUCAUCCUCAACUCCGAUGUUCCCUCGUCUAAUCCCCAUCCCCUCCCUCGCGCAACACACCUUCCUCCCCCUCCAAAAAUGCAUCAACACUGCCGUCGACCUAACCCAUUUCCAGUCUUCCCUCGGUUACCGCGAUAUCUGUGUCUUCAUCUCCCAGUUGAACCGGGCUCUCUGUCCACGCCGCGACCCCGAUUCUAAGCGCCCUCGCAUCUUUACAAUGAAUGCCCCCCGCCAGGACCCAGACACGGUGGUUAAGUUACGCGAGGCGGUCUUAGCAGAGUGUGAGAAGGUCAUGGAAGCGGCGCCGCCUGAGCAGGGGCCGAGGAGGUUUGGGAAUGUCGCGUUUCGGAAGUGGUAUGCGCUCGUGGAGGAGAGGGUUGAGGGGUUGCUUGAGGAGGUAUUGGGGCCGGUGCUAAAUAGCAAAAGGGGGGAGGGGUUGACGGAAGAGGGAAAAAAAGGGCUGCUGGAGGAGGUGAAGGGCUGGGGGUUUUUUGAGGAGGACGAGGGGGAGAAGAGGGAGGAAGGGGAUGUUGAGAGGGCGGUAGUGUUUGGGGUUUUUGAGCCGUAUCUCAAGGUCGUGCGCAAGCUAAUCCUGACGUACAACCUUGAGCCUGCUGGUUCGCAUGGCGUCUGGGGUCUCGAUGACCACUUUUUCCUGCCCUAUAUCUUCGGCUCGGCACAAUUAACCCGCGCUAUCACGGAUAACGAGCCAAUGCCGCAAGAGGGCUCGGUCCAAGGUGCCCCCAAGCCCUCGGCCAUCACCAAGGCAGAGCUAGUUGAGCACUACCGCGAAUCCAACAUGUACUUCUCUGCCAUUGCCUUCAUCAACGACGUCAAGAAAGGCCCGUUCUGGGAGCACAGCCCACUACUCUAUGACAUCUCUGGAAUCAAAGACGGCUGGGGCAAAAUCAAUAAGGGCAUGAUCAAGAUGUUCAAUGCCGAGGUGUUGGCCAAGUUCCCCGUCGUGCAGCAUUUCCAUUUUGGCUCCCUCUAUUCCUGGGAUCUGGACCCCGAGGCGAGCGCAGCCCCGACCUCGGUCCAUGUGGCGAGUCGCUCUGCGGCAGAGGCACGUCCUGCUGCUCCCCAGCCCGGGGUUGGGACUGCUGCGCCAUGGGCACAGCCUGCCACUCGGACGCCGGGUCCUGCUGGUCCGGGUACAGCAUUCCCGCCGACCAGGGCCCCAUGGGCUGAUUCAUCUCGGCCAGGAACUGUGACGCCUCGGCCUAUGCCUCCAGUUCCAAAAGGCGGGAUUCCUAACACGGGCCCGCCGCCACCGACAAGUUUCCCUCGGGCUACUUCGUCGAGAAGCAUCUCGGCAACAACAUCUAUCUCGUUCGCUGCUGCCCCCAUGCGCAACCUGCUUCUCGGUCAGCCCCUGGAAGCUAUUGCCGACCUGACUGAGGAAGACCUCGGCGGGACUAAGCAGGACGGUAGCAACGGAACCAGGAAGAAGAAGGGUAAAGCUAAAGAACCCAAUCCGCAUGACCCCCGCGUGAAGCUCGGCGUGUCAUUCAGAAGAGGAGCAGUCAGAUCAGCCGUCAACUUCCUCGACUACGAGAACCUUAUCUCAGACCACGGCACUCUCGUCUCUGUCCCCGUGUCCUUCGUCAGCCACAACAACCCAACUGCCAAAGCUCCACCCAGCAACCUCUGCAAACCCAUCCGCAUGCUCCUCUGGGACUGCCCUGAAUACGGCACCCUCUCCUCCCUCCUCGCCUCCCCAACCAAACCAAAUCCCAUCUCUGAAUCAUUCCUCUGGCACCUCCCCUCCUCUCCCUGA